AUGUCCAGAGCUAUCACUGUCGUUCAGCACACCGAGCAACCGGCCCUCGUGCUCAAGACCAGGAGUGUCAAUGUCGUUGAAGCCGCCGUCGAGCAAGCCCUGACGUCCCCUGCGGUCGCAAACGCAGUCAAUGCCGAUAUCAAGAACUUGGCGCAAACUGUCAAGGGAAUUAGGCAGGGCUUUCGGGCGGUCGCGGACGGUCUGAUCGGCUUCGACAGCAGCAGAUACGUAGACAAAAACAAGGAGGUCCUUCAACUUCGCCCGACGUGGUUGGAAUACCAGACUAGGUUUGACAAGAUAUUGGAAGAAAGUCACCGGAAUGCCCUUGCCGCGUCCUCAAUGAUUAGACAGUAUACGGAAGCGAUCCUCACAGAUGUGGAUCCAAGUGAGAUCGAAGACCUCAGAGACGAACUUCGAGGUUUUCUGCAGAAAUUGAACGAGAAAGCACCCACUGCCCGACGAACGUACGGGGACCUACAACAGCUCGCCGACGAUGUGCGUUCCUUCAAGGCUGUUAUAGACGAUAUACUGGGCAAGGCAGAAGACAAGUGUAAUGAGGACGUCAAGAUGGCCAAAGACCACCUGCAGAACUUAGAGAAGAUGCUUCAAUCCGUCAAUGAUGAGAGAACGGUCUUGACCAGUAUUAGCAAGCACGUCCUUGCCAAUAGCGCACUACUGGCAGGGGGGCUCUCCGCCAUAACCGCGAUUUGCGUUCUCUCGCCUACUGCCGGGAUGAUACUGAUUGAGGCCUUGGGCGUUGGAGUGGCGAUUGACGCAGGAGUCUACAAAUACAGAGACUCAAACCUACUCGGAGCAAAUACACAGUACAGCUCGGAGUUGAUAGAAUCUUGGUUCGACCUCAAAUACCAGGAAUCCCGUCAUAGGGAGCUCGUCGGGCAUGGCGCGGCGCUUGCGCAGACGAAGGAGCGGAUCGAUGCUCUUGCUGAGAAGAUUGACACGAUCACCGAGAUUUGGCAGGUGCUCAAGUGCGACAUGCAACAACUGCAGGAAGAACUUGAACUUGUUGUUGACCCAAGCAUGUCCAUUACCAAGCGUUUCUUGAAGAAGCUCCGUCAUCCUCGUGAAGUAUACAACCGGCUCGCAGAUCUUCUGGAGCUCUAUGCCAAGGGCAAGUUCUACUUGUCUUGA